UUAGUUGUAGAUGUUUCAUUGGAGGUUCGACUCUUUUGCGCCUAUCGAUUAAUAGAGCUCCUAAGCAAUGAGAAUUCCCCAGUUACAGUCCUUAUGACCAAUAGUUUUGAACUGAAGAUUCGAAACUGACGUUUCCAUAUCCGGAAUAUUUUGCAUGUUUCUGUUAAGAGCAGAAUGCUAAACAAUAAGCCCCACCUGAUUGUCCAAAUCCUAAUAAACCAUAAAGAACUUUUGGCAAAAAAUCAGCAAAGUUCAUUCUUGAUUCUUGUUUGUACAACAUGGGAAUGAGUUAGGUGAUAUGUUAAUUUCUCCAGUGGGACCAAGAAAAUGUUUGGCUGUCUGUCACAAUUAGGGAAACUUCAAGGCAACAGGGCACAACUUACACCAAACGCUGUCUCCCUUUUUGUUUUUGGCUAGAAGAGGAAGGUUCAAGACUACGAGCUCAUCGGUUUUCAGGGAAUCAACUGUGAGAACUCACAACUACAGAAAGGCUGAACGACAAGUUGUCUUGGAAGCAAUGGUAAUCAAGUCCCGCACCCUGAGCUUUUCGGAUCAUAAUCUCGUAGAAUACCCGACGAUUCUGAAAAAGUUUGAUCUAGCCGAGCUUCGAUCUGCGACACGGAAUUUUAGCCGCAGGAACAUCUUGGCUCAGGGCAGAUUCGGUACAGUAUAUAGAGGAUUGUUGUCGGAUGGUUCUCUCGUGGCAAUAAAGAGACCAAAGAACGGGCACCUGCAGGAUAUGGAAGCUCGGUUCCUAACAGAAGUAAGAAAUGGCAGCAACAUGAUGGCCAGGCAUCCAAACGUGCUACGUUUGAUCGGUUUUUGUUGCACGAAGGACGCGCGCUUGCUUGUCUAUCCUCCAGUGGCCAGCAGAAGUCUGGCAUCCUGCCUGAGAAAAAGCCCCCCACUGCUUGACUGGGCAACCCGUAAGAAAAUAGCACUAGGAGUUGCAUAUGGGCUUGCCCAUUUGCACAGAGGACUUGUUCCAGUUCAUCGAGACGUCCGUGCAUCAAACAUAUGGCUUAAUGAGGAAUUAAAUCCAGUCCUAGGGGACUUUGGAUUGGAUCUUGCGAUGAGUGAGGAGGAUAUCGUUGGAGAGGAAGAGCACUGUCAGCAGAAGAAUGACGUUCUAGCAUAUGGGAACAUACUCCUUAAGCUCGUCACGGGAGAGAGGACGUUCUGUGUCGAUCAGGCUGCUGAAGAUGAUGUGGAUAUCUUCUUGGCCGUCGACUCGGUCAAGCGAGCUCUGAGAGGCCAUGUCCACGGUUUGUCAAGUGCGGUUGAUCCCAAUUUGCAGGGUUACUUUGAUGAAAACGAAGCCCAGCUACUGAUCAACUUGGGGUUACUCUGCAUACACCGCAAUGCAGCGAGGCGACCCGAGAUGUCUGAAGUGGUUAAAAUGCUCGAAGACGAGACACCCGCAGCUCUCCUGAGGACAAGCUUGAACAGUGAUGAAAACUUGCUGGAUUACUUAUCUGGUAAUCUAUCGCUACCGAAAAGGUUUACUCUGGAUGAGCUUCGGGUGGCUACACGAAAGUUUAGGCCCAGCAACUUCUUGGGUGAGGGGAGUUUCAGUACUGUUCACUGGGGAAAGCUAGCUGAUAGUUCUCUUGUAGCAGUGAAGAGAUUAAGGAGUGAUACUGCUGAGGAUGCGGAAAGACAGUUCGAAACAGAAGUCAUGAUCGGCAGCAACAGAAUGGCACAGCAUCCCAAUCUGCUUCCUCUCAUAGGAUUUUGCUGUGAAGCGAGCGAGAGUUUGCUAGUCUAUCCCUUGAUGAUCAAUAACAGUCUUGAGCAUCAUCUGAGGCGCAGUCGAGACCGAAACAAAUUCCCCCCUCUUGCUUGGCCGACAAGAAAGCUAAUAGCACUAGGAGCUGCAAGAGGGCUCGCUCAUCUGCACGACCAAUUUGUUCCCCCGAUUAUUCACCGAGACAUCUGCCCAUCGAACAUACUGCUCGAUAUGGGGUUUGAAGCAGCCGUGGGGGAUUUUGGGUGGGCGCGGCUCAUGAAUGAGGGAGAUACAGUGGAAGGCGCUAUAGAAUGGUCCUUCACCAAUGACUUUCCCUUCUCUCCUCACCUCUAUAGAGACACUUAUGUCAACACAAUUGUGCGUGGGACAAACGGAUAUAUUGCCUCUGAGUACAAGAACACCGGGAAGUGCUCACAGAAGAGUGAUGUUUUUGCAUUCGGGAAUUUGAUUCUGGAGUUAGUCACCGGGCAAAAGGCUGGACUUAUGAAGACUAGCUCGGGAAACUUGGAUUUGGUGAUGAACAGGGAUUUGCAGGGAGAUGUCGACAAGAUAAAUUGGGACUUGGACAGGAUAGUUGAUAAGGAGCUGAGCCGGGAAUACGACAGGGGAGAAGCAGAGCGACUCAUUGGCAUAGCAAAAAUGUGCACGAACUGCAACCCUUCUAUGCGGCCAAAGAUGAGGGAGGUGGUCAGAGCAAUUGAAGGCUGACAGCUAUUUCUCAGGGAUGCUCAUUUCUCAAGGCACAAGUUGCAGGACUUGUAACUCAUGAGUAGGUAUUUGGCUGUCGUUAGAUACUGGAAAUGUAUGUUCGUAAACAAAACUUGCAAUAAGAGAGAAUGUUUUCCCUUUAA